CAUACAACUCGCCUCAUUGGUGUAGUUUUGAUGUUUCCUGCUUGGGACAUUACAGUUCUGUACUUCUAACAUAUAUGCUCGAAGGUUCUGUAACAAUAUGUCUAUGUACGACGUAUGAAACAAUUGAAAUUGUUUACAAAUGUUUGAUUUCGUACGUCAUGUUACGUGUCGACGUCGGUUGUAUAUAUAUUUUGAUAUUUUGUUUUUUGGUAAAUGGGGUUGAAUAUUCGGAAACAGGUGAUGACAACUCACCAAAUACGAGUUUCGUGAAUGUGCAGUUUUUUCAAGCCAGCCCCGCACAGUGUCCCUCGGGAGUGGAGUGCCGCCGCCUGGGCGGGGCAUGCAUCGACUGCUCGCCCAGCUUCAACCACAGCUGCGUCUACGGCAAGCGCCUGAACGUCACCUGCCGCGCCAAGGACACCGCCGUCUGCACUGGCCCACGGGAGUUUGUGCGCGCGGUGCGCUGCCAGUACUGCUACCAGACGGAGAAGUGGGAGCACAAGUGCGAGCUGUCGCCCAACUGCAAGUCCGCGGACUCCCCUCGCAAGUACUAUCUGACCAACUGCACGGUGCGCAGCGCGGUGGUGUGCCUCGGCAACAGGGUGUUCCAGAAGAAGCAGCUGUGCAACUGGACCAGCGGGUACCACUGGAGGACCACGCUCAUCCUCAGCAUCAUGCUGGGGGGCUUCGGCGUCGACAGGUUCUACCUCGGCUACUGGCAGGAAGGACUGGGCAAGUUCUUCAGCUUCGGUGGUCUGGGCGUGUGGACACUCAUUGACGUGAUCCUCAUCGGCCUGCACUACCUGGGGCCGGCAGACGGCUCCCUCUACUUGUGAUCGUGUUCCUACUCUUACAAACAUUUUAUUUAUACAUUAUAUAAGAUGAUACAGUUAGAACAAUAAACAGUUGGCUGUUAACCUCUUGUCCACACGGUUCCUUUUCCAUGACUCAUUAAAUAAGGUUUGCAGUGAAGAAAA